AUGAGAAGAAAUUACCACAGUCGGGUCAAUGACAGAUAUAAUUCUCGUUCAAAAACUAGAAGUGUGGUCGAGGAACAAAAGCCAAAUACCGUAAAUUUAGAACAAGUUCAUGAUACUAUCAAGAGAACAUUUAAUACCAAUGAGUUGGAUUGUAUUUUCAAGCCUAAGAGCAUUUGUGUCAUUGAUGACUUUAAUCCUGAAAUUCAUUCAUCUCCUGUUCCAGUUCCGAGUGAUAGUAUUAGUAGUACACUUGCAAGGAAUGUGUUGUGGAAUUUAAUGUCAGUCUCUCAAGUCAAAGUUUAUGCAGUUUCAAAGCAUGUGGAAAGAGUAUUGCAGGAUCCAAACAACAAGCGUCGUCCUCAUUUAUUAGGAGUUCAAAUGUAUUCUUCGUUGAGAGAACUUUAUGACAACAAAGCAAGUACAUCCAAUGUCCCUCUUAACUUAGAUUUGGCAGUCAUUUGUUGUCACCAAGUAGAGACAAUGUUUACCGCUCUGGAAGAAUGUAUCAAACAUGAUGUAAAAGGUUGUGUGAUUAUUGGUAGCGUUUAUAGCAAAUUCUAUGAAAAGUUUGCUGAAAAUCAAGCAGCAAACAUUGAAAAGAUGAAGGACAUUCUUAGAGGCUCGGAAAUGAGAGUUAUUGGACCUGGAAUGGGUCUUAUCACUCCACUCAUGACAAAGUCUGGUCAAUACCAUGUCGGAGAAAUUUACAACAACUUUUUGAACAUCACACCAACAAACAGAAGCUCGGAGCUCACUCGUGGGAAAGUGGCAAUCAUUUCUCAGUCAGGAGCUUUAGCAACCACAAUUUUGGACUGGAGUUUAAAACAAGGUGGUGGUCUAAGUGGAUUUGCUUGUGUUGGAGCUGACCAAGUUGACGUCAAUUUUGCUGACAUGGUCGAGCAUUUCGGAAAUGACAACAAUACAGAUGCCAUAUUAUUGUACAUCGAAGACUUGGGAAAUAAUGAACAUAUCAAGAGAUUUGCUAGCGCUGCCAGAAAUAUCGCUCUCAAAAAACCAAUCAUUGCAAUGAAAAUGAAUUCUAGUAAUAGGAGUGAAGACAACCAUUUGAAUACUCUAUUUGAACGAGUGGGUAUUCUAAGAGUUAACUCUAUCGAAGAAAUGUUUUACAUGUCCCAAACAAUUGGAAAACAAGCAAUAACAAAAGGAAAUACUAUUACGGUAAUUUCAAACUCUGGAGGAGCAGCUACGCUUGCUGUGGACGCUAUUUAUCAAUCAGAAAUUACUGAGCUAGGAUCUUUAUCACCAAAGAGUGCUAAAUUGUUGCAAGAAAGCGGCAUUGACGUCGAGGAGGCAUUGCUCUCAGGCAAAAAAGCCAUUCCUGUCAACAUUAGAAAUACAGCCACUCCAGAGCAAUAUGUUGCUGCACUUGACAUUGUUUACAAUGAUCCAAAGACUGACAGUGUGUUGGUAAUGUUGACACCUCAAACAAGAACAGAACCAACAAGAACAGCACAAUUCCUACAACGCUAUAUUGUUGAAAAAACAAAAGAAGGAAAGUUGUCAAAACCAAUCAUGUGCUGUUUUAUGGGUGGCAGAGAUGUUGAAGCUGGCAGAAGUAUUUUGUUAAACGCUGGUAUUCCUGCAUUUGCUUUCCCUGAAAUUGCAACCAAAGUUUUCCAAUACAAUUACAGAUAUUCUAAGAACUUGGAAAAUCUCUAUGAAGAUCCAAGUUUGUUGGACAAUGAUCAUGAAAGCCAAAACGAUGCGGAAGCUAAAGCGAAAGCAAGAGAAUACCUCAAAUCACUUCUAAAGCACAAUCCUAACAAGGAGCUCCUCAAUGAAUUUGAAAGUCAGCACCUUCUCUCUAUUUAUGGAAUCGAUGUUCCUCAAACCAAGGUGGUUACUACUGUUGAAGAGGCUGUGGAGGCUGCUAAACUCAUUGGAUUCCCAGUUGUGUUAAAAAUUCACAGCGUAGAUUCAAGCAUUUCAAAGCUUGAUAUGGGAGGAGUAAUUGUAGGAUUGAGUGAUGAAAAACAAGUCAGACAAGGUUUCAUCUCCAUCAAACAAGCAGCCGAAAAAAGUAAUGUUAAAUUUGCUGGUGUAACUGUACAAAAUGAUUGCAAGAAACUAGUUGCAAGCAAGAAGGACUCCAUUGCUUUUGAAUUGUAUAUUGGUGCGGAAGUUGAUCCUCAAUUUGGACCUGUUAUUUCUUUUGGAACCGGAGGUUCACUUCACCAAAUUUACAAAGAUAAGAGUUUUGGAAUCCCACCUCUCACAGCUCCUUUGGCUUAUCAAAUGCUCAGAAAAACAAAGAUAUCAGAUGCCCUUGUUGAAAGAUUCCGAAAUAAGCCAGCAAUUGAUAUUGAGGGUUUAAAGUCGUUACUUGUAAAGUUUAGCAAGAUGGUGCUUGAUAAUUGUGAUCUGAUCAAGAACUUUGAAAUUAACCCCUUACAAGCUGCUGCCACAGAGAGAGAAAAGACAUUUGUGGCCUUAGAUUGCAAGAUGGUUCUUCACAAACCUGGUUCUAAAAAAACUCAACCAGUGAUACGUUCUUACGAAAGAAAAUAUGUCACCAAAUUCAAUGAUGACAUUAUUAUCAGACCUUCCAAGUUCAGCGAUUUUAAGAAACUCAUGUCCUUCUUUGCUAACCUUUCACCAAAGACUUUGGAGACCAGUUUGAGAGAAACAGCACUUCGAUCUCAGUAUGCUCUUGCGUUCCUGAACCUCAAAAACCAAUAUAAUAAGGCAAAGAAUGAUGCUCCUCAACCAUUGGAUCCAUAUGCUCUCACUCUCACCACGGAUUCUGACUCGAAGAGUAUUUACCAAGAAUUAGUUCAAUUUGUUUCGAGUGAUUUUGAUAGAGAGGUGGUUUUGUUUGCUAUCGACAAGAGAAGCAAGGCCAUUAUUGGAAUGGGAGUUUAUACUAUUUUACAAAAAUCAAUUAUUAGUGGAAGAAAACGAAAAGCAGAGGUAGCUUUAUUGAUUGGAGAACAAGCUCAAGGCAAAGGAAUUGGAAAAUAUAUUCUUGAUCAAUUGAUCCAAAUUGCUAAAAACGAAGGCAAUAUUUCUCAAAUGAUUGCAUAUGCCAACGAAUCAAAUGUUGGAAUGCUUAAACUUUGUGCCAGAGCUGGAUUCCAAGUUCAGGAAAAUGAGGAAUUAGCCAAUCAAGGAGUCAUUGUAUCUACUUUGGAUUUGUAA